CUCGCUUGAAGCCUUGAACACAUCCUCAAACCAGAUCGCCACCACCAGACGCGUCUCUACAUCAGUACUGCAUACCGUCGAGAUCAUAUUACAUUUCCACUAUAUAGAAUCCAGCACAAUUGCCGAACAACAAAAUGGCCACGCGACGCAACGUCCCAGAAAAGACCAUCUCCGAAGCACAAGGCGGUUCCUCAUCUUCAUCACAAUUAUCAGAUACAUCGCCCGCUGUUCCUGCUCACGUCAUAUACAAACUCCUAGGCUUCACAUUCGCCAUGAUCGUCCUACCAAUUGGUUCAUAUUUCAUGACUGUCAACCUAGUUUUUCGAGGCAGUUCCACAUGGGCCGGGGCAUUCGCAGCAAUCAUGGCCAAUGUUGUAUUGAUCGGCUACAUCAUCGUCGCAAUGAAAGAAGAUCAGAGCGAGAGACUCGAAGCCGAGCAGCAGUCCAAAAAGGCUCAGUAACACGCAGCAGUCAAUCAGGGCAUUCUAUUGCACGUGUUACUCGCCAUGCAGAGCAGAGAUCAAUGCUGGGAGUUGAUUACUUUCCCGUACCAUGUUCUCAUUCAGACUAUGGAAAAAAUGUGUAUGUGACCUGCACAGCUUUAGUCUAAAAAAGUCUGUCGAAAGCAGGCACAAAAUCGA